AUGAACGUCCGUCGCGCAAAACCUGCCGAUGUCGCAGGCAUCAAUCAGCUCCUGCAACGCUCAUCGCAGGCUGGUACCGACGAGCCCGCAGCCGCACUGAAACGUCGAUUCGGAAAGCAUUACAACGUUGCUGCGAUUGUGUAUGUAGAUGCAUCUCCGUUCAGCUUGGUCACCGCAAACGAGGACGGAAGUGAGAUUCAGGGAUUUUACUCUGUCACCAGUGGACCGCCAUCAUACAUAGACGAUGAGGGUAGCUCUGGGGAAUUUGUUGGAUCUGGGGCUACGGCGCGUGGGGACUGGACAGCCUGGAUUAAGCGUUCUUAUGAUUGCCCAGACGAUAUGCAGAUCCACAAUACGACGUUCGUCAACUUCUUCCAUGCUGAAAGCAGCCAAUCCUCAUCAUUUCUAGAUUCCUCUCUUUUAUCAACCGUUCAACAUCUGCCGCACAUCCGAUACAUUUGCUAUUUCCUUCCUGAGGGCAACGCACUCUUCGCUCCGUUUUCCAUGCCCCGCAUCAAAUCAUCCGAUGGGCUGACAUCCCGCGGAGCACAGAGUGCCAAAGACGCCAAUGGCCGAAAAGCGGACGCAAAGUACUUCGCGGAAGUCGCGGCAACCAACAGCAGUUCCGCCUUCAAGUUGUUCGUGUGUGCUGCGGCGGACUUGCUGCCGAAGUUGAGGGUUAGGAAUGCAAAAGUGGAGGAUGCGGAUGAUUUACUCCCGAUGUUCAAGAAGCAGAGGUUGAUCAACGACGAUGAGGCGGACUACUACCUUUCAAGUCUGCUGGAAUCGCAGACUGCAAAUGUGAAGACUCUAGUAGCGGAGGCCGAUGGCGAUGUUGUCGGCUUCAUAACCAUCAAUCGAGACGUGCAGGAAGUUGCGCUCACCCAUAACUUUCAGCUGGAGCCGUUUGAUCUCUUGCUCAAAGGUGAUACUUCCCGGCCUCAGUCAAGUACCACAUUCGGUCCUACAACGCAGCCUGAUGGAUCACGAUCGCAUUCCGUACAACAGAACGUCUUCAAUGGUUCACGUCCACUCACCGCGGCAUCAGAUAGCACCAUGGAGUCUGACCAGCAGCCUCAUCAGGAGGAACCGCAAGGCUCCAUCCCCAAUGCGUUUUGCAUUGAAUUGUUCUCAAUGGCAGAUUCGUACGCUUCUCAAGCGAUGGAGCUUGUACGUGCGGCGUACAAACAGUUCCCAGACUUAGAUUACUGCGUGGUCACAGUCCCGACAACCAUGCCAGAAGUUCCGCUAUUUAGACAGUUUGCGAGGGUGUAUGUCAAGACUGGAAUGUCGGAUCAAAACGCUUUGUACCUAUCGAAUCGUUUCGGGGUGACAGAUGUGGUGAAGGUUGAAAAAGCGGCUGCAGAAGAAGCGGGCAGCAUCGAUUUCUUGUUGGAUGGCGUUGCAGGCCGGGAUAGCAUCUUUUCCGACUACCAGACAGCAACGCAAUCUCAGGGCUCGAAAGCCAACCUGAACGCUUUCUCAAUCACGUGCGCCCGUCAGAUCAUAGGUCUUGCGAUCCUCGAGACGUGCGCGGACGCCAAACAAUGGACAGACCAGUUUGCGAUUCAUGACUUCGUCAAUCCAAAGCUGCACAAGCUUGAAGGAAAGGCUUGCAUGCUGAGACAUUUUGUCAUCAACCCGUUGUUUGAGCACGAGUCUCGAUGGGUGUUCGAGGAACUACUUCGCUUAAACGGAACCACAUGCAUCAUGUAUCCGCUUCAAGAGGCGACAAAUGAGGAUCCAUCGACACGGAGGAUCUGCGCACGGGAGAUGGUCCCCGUCAAGCCCAGACGCGAGAUCCAGUUCCCGAACAAUAUCCGGGAUGGAACUCGCGUUCCCGCACCUCUGCUUUGCGCAUUACAGCUGAUUUCCACCAAUCUCCUCUAUGAACCAAAGAUCACUGUCAACUCUCGAAUAGUGAUCGUAGGAGGGUCGGAUUGCGGCACUGCGGUGAUAGAGAAGUUGAUUUAUAACCCACGCUUCUGGUACCCCAACCUCACCCUGAUAAGUGAGCAAGGCGCCCCAAAGCAGCCAGAAGGAAGGCCGUUUGUAAGCUCCAGGUGCUACAGCAAUGUGCAGCUCAGACAACUCGGUAUCCCCGACUACGUGAAGAUCGUCCGCGGAACCGUCUCCGAGAUUGAUCGAAUGAUCAAACGUGUUCGAAUGGUCAAUGAUUCAUUUGCAAACUACGACUAUUUGGUGCUCACUCCGGGUCUCCAAUUCCGCGCGGAAUCAAUCAGUCAGGAGUUCGGUGCUCUUGAAGGAGUGUUUUCGGUGAGCAGUUUCAAUGAAAAGCAGAUCGUCGACGGAGUCGAGUACGCUCUGGGAAACCGUGGAAUCUUCGUGGUAUACGGACGACAUCUACAAGCAUACGCGGGCAUCCAGUUGCUAUUGGAGAAUAAGGUGCCUGGCAAUCGCAUCGCUCUCGUUGUUCCCCCUCGGCGAGACCCUAGAACUGCUCUCGACAAUACAGUUUUGGAUCAGAAGGUUGAUAGCAUCGUCCAAGCAUUGGGCGUCAAAAUAUACAAAAACUGUUUCGUGAGCACCUGGGAGAACGACGAAGGGCUUCUCACCGGAGUCAAUUUCAGAAAAAUCGAAGCAGAUGGGAGUACGAGUCUGAUGACACUGUCAGAGGUUUCCCUGUUUCUCUAUGCGGAUGCCCAAUCCGUAUCACCGGAGACGUUCAGUAGCAUGAACGAUAGUUCCUUGGUCAUCGACGGCAAGCUUGUCAUUGAUAAGUAUUUCCGUACCCAGGACCCCUUCAUCUACGCUGCCGGAAAAGUGACAAAGUAUUCCAGCGUCUACCGCACGCAUUGGUCACAAUCGCUUUACGAUGCGAAGGAAGUUGGGCAUAGGCUGGCCAACGAACUGGUACCAAACUUCAAUCCCGAGACAAAAGUUGAACGGAUAGAUGACGAGCGCAUACUACGCUUUGAGGACGCAAAGAAAACGUUGGCCAUCCUCCCAGGGAAUCUGCUGUAUUUUCAUUUUGAUGAACCACAUCUUAUUAGCCAUACCCAUGAGCAUCGGAAGAAACUGGCCAACUACGGUCAAGACUUGGUGAUAGACAAGCUUACCAAGCCGGGCCAAAAAGGGUCUUACUUCCGAAUACAUGUCGACACUGACGGUAUCAUCCGAUCCAUGACAUAUCUUGGCGAACAAAGGAUACCAAUCGACAACUACCUCCGGCUGUAUGGAUUACAUGAAAAGUAUCUCAACAGGCUGGUAUCCAGAUUCAAUGAAGGAAUCAUACCAGAUUUCGUAAGCUUCUUGUCUGGUACUUGGGCGCUGCCUCUCUUCUACGACCGCUUCCCGGGGUUUGUGAAUGAUUUGGGCCAAGAAGAACUGGCCGAACAGAUUGAUACCGGGUUGAAGGUGCGAGGCAUCAUUGAUGAUGAGCAUCAUUUCAGCCUGUUUAUACUGACAACGAUGGCUCAGCUGACUGCUGAGGAUCAGAGGGGUCUGUACAAAGCAUUCGACAAUGCGCCCGCACGGCGCACUUUAGACAGCAAGGUCUUCAACUAUUUGGCGGAGACUGAAAUUUACAGAUCGUACCCAUGA